GCAGCGUUUGUCCCUACUGCAGAGCCGCCGCCAGAGGAGAGAUUUAAAGGGCCCGCGCGUCGCCGCCCCCUCGGCCCGCCAUGCUGCUACCCGUGCCGCUGCUGCUCGGCCUCUUCGGCCUGGCCGCUGCCGAACCCGCCAUCUACUUCAAGGAGCAGUUUCUGGACGGAGACGGGUGGAGCGACCGCUGGAUCGAAUCCAAGCACAAGUCAGAUUUUGGUAAAUUUGUCCUCAGUUCCGGCAAGUUCUACGGUGACCAGGAGAAGGAUAAAGGGCUGCAGACGAGCCAGGAUGCCCGCUUUUACGCUUUGUCGGCCAGAUUUGAGCCCUUCAGCAACAAGGGCCAGACACUGGUGGUGCAGUUCACCGUGAAACACGAGCAGAACAUCGACUGUGGGGGCGGCUACGUGAAGCUCUUUCCAGAUGGUCUGGACCAGACCGACAUGCACGGAGACUCUGAAUACAACAUCAUGUUCGGCCCCGAUAUCUGUGGCCCCGGCACCAAGAAGGUUCACGUCAUCUUCAACUACAAGGGCAAGAACGUGCUGAUCAACAAGGACAUUCGUUGCAAGGAUGAUGAAUUCACACACCUGUAUACCCUGAUUGUCCGGCCGGAUAACACCUAUGAGGUGAAGAUUGACAACAGCCAGGUGGAAUCAGGCUCCUUGGAGGAUGAUUGGGACUUCCUCCCUCCCAAGAAGAUAAAGGAUCCUGAUGCUUCGAAGCCUGAAGACUGGGAUGAGCGGGCCAAGAUUGAUGACCCCACAGACUCUAAGCCUGAGGACUGGGACAAGCCCGAGCACAUCCCUGACCCUGAUGCGAAAAAGCCAGAGGACUGGGAUGAAGAGAUGGACGGAGAGUGGGAGCCACCUGUGAUUCAGAACCCUGAGUAUAAGGGCGAAUGGAAGCCCCGGCAGAUCGACAACCCAGAUUACAAGGGCACUUGGAUCCACCCAGAGAUUGACAACCCUGAGUACUCCCCUGAUGGCAACAUCUAUGCCUAUGAAAACUUUGCUGUUCUGGGCUUAGAUCUCUGGCAGGUCAAGUCUGGCACCGUCUUCGACAACUUCCUCAUCACCAACGACGAGGCAUACGCAGAGGAGUUUGGAAACGAGACCUGGGGUGUCACGAAGGCGGCUGAGAAGCAGAUGAAGGACAAGCAGGACGAGGAGCAGAGGCUAAAGGAGGAGGAGGACGACAAGAAGCGCAAGGACGAGGAGGAGGCGGACAAGGACGAGGACGAGGAGGACGAGGACGACAAGGAGGAGGAGGAGGAGGAGGACGCCGCCGCCGGCCAGGCCAAGGAUGAGCUGUAGGGCCCGUGCCGCUGCCUCCGGGGCUGGACUGAGGCCUGAGCGCUCCCGCCGCAGAGCCGGCUGCACCACAUAAUGUCUCUAUGAGACUGGAGAACUUU